AGAGAGUGAGGAAGAGAGAGAGAGAGAGAGGGAGAGAGUGAGUGAGCGUGCGUGUUGUUUGUUUAAACGGUGGCCGUGCCUCAUUCAGCCUCAGUAUCAACAUGUCUCCGAUGGUGCGGUUCCUCUCGCUGCUGCCGCUGCUACUGUUUCUGGUCACUCAGGAGGGUGACAGUACUCAGCAAGUAAAAGGCCAGAGGAAGGCAGACGCAUGCGUGUGCACUGUUAACGCCACGCAGUGGGACUUUCCGGCACAGAAGUACGAGGGAGUGUCCCAGCAGGUGGAGUCUUGCGGAGACUUCCUUGGGAAGAUGCAGACACAGGUGUUGCAAACAGAGAAGAAGAUGCCUCAGAUCAACGCCACUGUGGCGAACAUAACGGAGCGCCUGCUCGCGUUCGAGUACCUGAAAACCAGCGGCUUGUAUAAGAGCCUGCACCUGCGGCAGCUCAACCAGGAGCUGCAGAAGCUCGAGAGGGACAUCAGCUCCGCUCACCGCUCCAACCCCAGCGCCAAAACACAGAGCCUGACCCAAGAGAUAAGCAAAGCGCUCGAGGACGUUACGACGAUGCAGGAGAGCAACAUCUUCAACCUGGAGGCGGUGAGAGAGAACCUGCGGUCCCUGAGAAACAGCCUGGAGACGUGCAGGACCAUCCGUCCCGGCUUCACCAGUACCUGCUCUCAGCGGCUAAUGAAGAACAUCAGCUCCCCUCUGGUGACCAAGCUCAGCCCCUACGGGAAGUCCUACCCGGCCGGCUCCUGGGGCCGCGAGACCAAGCCGGGCAGCCCGGAGACCUACUGGAUCCAGCCGCUGGUCAGCGGCAACAGGCACGGCAACGUGGUGCGCCGCUACCUCACCUACGAGGACUUCAUGGCCUCCAGGAACCCCCAGGACGUGGCGGUGGCCGCCUCCCACGCCGUGCCCAACGCCAUCCAGGGCCCGGGCAGCCUGCUGUACGGCGAGGCCUUCUUCUACCAGUGCCACAACGCGGGCGAGCUGUGCCGCUACGACCUGCGGACCCAGGCCACCGUGCGCCGGCCGCUGCCCGGCGUCGGCUACAACAACCAGUUCCCCUACUGCUACUACAGCUGCCGCGACUGGACCGACGUGGACUUCUCGGCCGACGAGACGGGCCUGUGGGUCAUCUACGGCACGCAGAAGAGCCACGGCAACAUGGUGCUGAGCCGCCUGGACGCCGAGUCGCUCAACGUCACGCACACCUGGAGCACGCGCCUGUUCAAGAAGUCGGUCACCAACGCCUUCGUGGUGUGCGGCGUGCUCUACGCCACGCGCUACGACGACCGCUACCGCGAGGAGGUGUUCUACGCCUUCGACACGGCCACCGGGCGGGAGGACAACACCCUCGCCCUGCCCCUGGAGAAGGUGGCGGACGGCGUGGCCAACCUGCACUAUAACCCGGCCGACCACCGCCUGUACAUGUACAACGACAACUACCUGCUAGCCUACGAGCCCUACUUCUAGAGCUGAAUCAUUUUUUACCUUCAAAUAAAGAAAUUAUUGUGUGUCACGUG